CCGGGGGACGCGACGCGCGCAGCUUGAUGACGACAUUUCAGCGCCGAGUCGCCGAAUGGCUGCCUCCGUCCCUGAAGUGGGCGACGCUGCGGGUUCCUCAGUGGUCCCCUAAGACGGUCGCUCCGGACCCUGCGAGGCAGGCUGCCAUGGCGUUCCCCCACCUGCAGCAGCCCAGCUUCCUGCUGGCCAGCCUGAAAGCCGACUCUAUAAACAAGCCUUUUGCACAGCGCUGCCAAGACUUGGUUAAAGUCAUCGAGGACUUUCCAGCAAAGGAGCUGCACGCUGUGUUCCCGUGGCUGGUCGAGAGCGUUUUCGGUAGCCUGGACGGCGUCCUGCCCGGCUGGAACCUGCGCUGCCUGCAGGGCCGCGUGAGCCCCGUGGAGCACAGCGUCGCCUUGGAGUUCCUGGACCCUGGAGGCCCAAUGAUGAAACUGGUGUAUAAACUUCAGGCCGAAGACUAUAAGUUUGAUUUUCCUGUCUCCUACCUGCCCGGGCCCGUGAAGGCGUCCAUCCAGGAGCGCGCGCUUCCCGACAGCCCCUUGUACCACAACAAGGUGCAGCUGCCGCCCGCCGGAGGCCUCGGCCUGUACCUGGCCCUCAACCCCUUCGAGUACUACAUGUUCUUCUUUGCGUUGAGCCUCAUCACUCAGAAGCCGCCCCCUGGGGCCCUCCACGUCCGCACCUCCGACUGCGCCUACUUCAUCCUGGUGGACAGGUACCUGGCCUGGUUUCUGCCCACGGAAGGCAGCGUGCUGCCACCCCUCUCCUCCAGCCCAGGGGGGCCCAGCCCUGCGCCGGCUCCCAGGACACCGGCCGUGCCCUUUGCCUCCUACGGCUUGCACCACACCAGCCUCUUGAAGCGGCACGUCUCCCACCAGACGUCGGUGAACGCGGACCCCGCCUCCCAUGAGAUCUGGCGGUCGGAGACGCUGCUCCAGGUGUUUGUGGAAAUGUGGCUCCAUCAUUACUCUCUGGAGAUGUACCAGAAGAUGCAGUCCCCUCACGCCAAGCUGGAGGUCCUGCACUACCGGCUCAGCGUCUGCAGCGCCCUCCACAGCCCUGCCCACCCCAGCCUCCAGGCCCUCCACGCCCACCAAGAGUCCUUCAUGCCCACGGAGGAGCACGUGCUGGUCGUGCGGCUGCUGCUGAAGCACCUGCAUGCCUUCGCCAACAGCCUGCGGCCGGAGCAGGCCCCGCCUUCCGCCCACUCGCACGCUGCCAGCCCCCUGGAGGAGUUCAAGAGGGCCGCCGUCCCGAGGUUCGUCCAGCAGAAGCUGUACCUCUUCCUGCAGCACUGCUUUGGCCACUGGCCCCUGGACGCGUCCUUCAGAGCUGUGCUGGAGAUGUGGCUGAGCUACCUGCAGCCCUGGAGGUACGCGCCCGAGAGGCAGGCCCCGGGCAGUGACUGCCAGGCCCGCAGUGUGUCGGAGAGAUGGGCGCCCUUCGUGCAGGAGAACCUGCUCGUCUACACCAAGCUCUUCCUGGGCUUCCUGAGCCGUGCUCUGCGCACGGACCUCGUCAGCCCCAAGAACGCGCUCAUGGUGUUCCGCGUGGCCAAGGUCUUCGCACAGCCCAACCUGGCCGAGAUGAUCCAGCGGGGCGAGCAGCUGUUCCUGGAGCCCGAGCUCGGCAUCCCGCAGCGGCAGCACCGGCUCUUCACGGCACCCUCCUUCACCGGCAGCUUCCUGUCGUCGUGGCCGCCGGCCGUCACCGACGCCUCCUUCAAGGUGAAGAGCCACGUGUACAGCCUGGAGGGCCAGGACUGCAAGUACACCCCGAUGUUUGGGCCCGAGGUCCGGGCGCUGGUCCUGCGUCUGGCGCAGCUCAUCACGCAGGCCAAGCAGACGGCCAAGUCCCUCUCGGACCAGUGCGGGGAGAGCGCAGCCGGCCGCCCCUUCCUGUCCUGGCUGGGCUUCUACCCCGCGGACACCAACGGCUCCUACUCGGGCAACGACCUGGACGAGAUGGGGCAGGACAGCGUCCGCAAGACAGACGAGUACCUGGAGAAGGCGCUGGAGUACCUGUGCCAGGUGUUCCGGGUACGCACCCGCUGCCCUCAGCCCCGCCCACCCCCGCGGCGAUCGAGUUGGGGGGGGGGGUGUACCAGGUGAGGGCGCGGCGUUGCUCAGUGUUCUGUUCCCAGAUCAUCAGCGGGCUGCGGCGCUUCGACAUCGAGUACCAGGGCGACUGGGAGCUGCAGCCCAUCCGGAGUUAUGAGAUCGCCAGCCUGGUCCGCGCGCUCUUCCAGCUGUCUUCCACCAUCAACCGCAGGUUCGCAGGCCAGAUGGUGGCGCUGUGCUCGCGGGCCGACUUCCUGGGCAGCUUUUGCCGCUACCACCUCUUGGAGCCCGGGCUGUCGGGCCGGCGCUUGCUGAGUCCCGUGGGGCGGGGCCACGCCGCCAACCGGGCUCGAGGGCCGCGGCUCAGCCUGCGCUUCCUGGGCAGCUACCGGACGCUGCUGUCGCUGCUGCUGGCCUUCUCCGUGGCCUCGCUCUUCUGCGUGGGGCCCCUGCUCUGCGCCCUGCUCAUCGUGCUGGCCUACGUCCUCUACGCCGUGGCCAUGACGCUGCUGACCGAGCGCGGCAAGCUGCACCAGCUCUGAGCGCCGCCGCCGGCCACACCACGCCCCACCGCCCCACCCCAGUCACCUCCGUACUUCUCCGGCAGGUUUCCCUCGGCCCGGCAGGCAGCGCAAGCCUGCUGGGUGGGGCCCGGGCCUCCUCAAGGGGCAGGGCAGCGCGGUGGGCUCCCUGCCUCAGCCGGAGGCCCCGCAGGGAGGUGCCUUUCUCUUCACUAUGUAAAGCUCAGGAGUCAGGCCUCCCUGGAGGGCUCGCAGUCUCUGCCCUCAACGACCGCGGAGGAGGGCGGUGAGACCCCAGGACAGGAACCCAGCCUCGGGCUCCCAAGAAGAAUCAUGCUUCCAAAGGCAGUCCUGAGAAAAUUAGAUGGUGGUUCUCCUCUGGUUCAGGAUUUUAAAGCUAAUUUUGCUGCCAAGUCCGGGCUGCACACCUGCAUCUGAGGAGAGGAGGCGCUUGGGAGCGCAGAUGGCCCCAGGCCACGGGCCGGCCGGCCUGGCGUGCACGCCUUGUCCUUGCAGGCGGGCGGGCUGCACUGCUCCCCCCCAGCCCAGUCCACAGCCAGAGGAGGUCGGAAGCACUGUUUGUGUCCUCGCUUAGAGCAGGUGCCUGGACAGUGUCUGGUAAGGGUCACACAUUCCACGUGCACGAAGGCCACGUGUUCACAGACCCUCGCAGCCUUCCACGCCCUUUGUCCUGCAGAUGACAUACCGGGGGGCACUUGCCAACCCAGAUUUUUAAAAGCCUUUGGUGUCUGUCUUUUUAAGUUUUCAAACUAAAUGUUGGGCUUUGUGUUUUAAUGUAAACUCAGAACAGUGGCCAUUGGGGCCUGUGACCAAAAACCAAACCUGUAACUGACCCUGGAUCUGAAUAAACCUGUUUUUGGUCUCGAGA